AUGAGCGGGAGGAUACUCUCCCACCGACUUGCACCGCUUGUGCGGAACGGUCUCCUGGCGCGCCAUCUUCACAAUGCCGGCUCAAGAACGGGGGGUCUCCUACGCGCAGAUGGCGGUGCCGCCCUCAGGGGACGCGCCUGGCCCACAGGAGCGAAUGCAAUUCACAACAAUGUCCCGGCCGUCCGGACGAUCUCGUUCGCGCGAAUGCUUCCGAAGCUGGCGCUGAAGCUCGCUAGGGUACCCGCCAUGUUUGGGGGCGCCACUAUUGCGGGCUUGGCCUAUAUCCAAUAUCAAGCAAACCAAGCGGGGACCUAUGCGAUGGAUGUUUUAAAACGAGCCGGAGAAACCGCGGGCGACACAGCUUCGACGUUAUUCCAGGGACUCCAGGACGUGGCCGAGCAGACACAGCGGGGUUUCAAUAAAACGAAAGAUGAUAUAGAUGUUCCGGAGUGGUUGCAGAAGAUCCUCCGUCUCGAUGAACAGUCCCAAUCUGAAGGCGGCGAUUCGUCUGGUGGGGGAGGGAAGGACCCCAAGGAGAGUCGGGCUACUGGAGGAGCAGCUGCCGCUGCAACAGGCGCUGCGUUUGGAUACGAUCAGUCUGAUGAGGACGAUGCACGUGGGGCGAGAGAAGUCGCGGAAGAUGACCAGAUGAUGGUUCUCACGCGCAAGAUGAUCGAGAUCCGGAAUAUCCUCCAGACUGUUGGCCAGUCUAGUACACUGACCCUUCCAUCGAUUGUGGUGAUCGGAUCGCAGUCAUCGGGGAAGAGUUCAGUUCUGGAGGCUAUUGUUGGUCACGAGUUCCUGCCCAAGGGGUCGAACAUGGUCACCCGGCGGCCCAUUGAAUUGACGCUGGUCAACACCCCUAAUGCCCAAGCGGAGUAUGGUGAAUUUCCAGCGCUUGGCCUCGGCAAGAUCACGGACUUUUCUCAAGUCCAGCGCACAUUGACGGACCUGAAUCUUGCCGUUCCUGAGAAGGACUGUGUCUCGGACGAUCCAAUUCAGCUGACUAUUUAUUCUCCAAACGUUCCGGACCUCUCUAUGAUUGAUCUUCCGGGAUACAUUCAGGUUGCUGGUCAUGAUCAGCCCCCGGAGUUGAAGCAGAAGAUCUCGGAUCUUUGCGACAAAUACAUCCAGGCGCCAAACGUUGUACUGGCCAUCUCUGCAGCUGAUGUCGACCUGGCGAACUCGACUGCACUGAGAGCUAGUCGCCGUGUAGACCCUCGGGGAGAGCGGACUAUUGGAGUCAUUACCAAAAUGGAUCUGGUCGACCCCGAGCGCGGACACGAUGUUCUCUCUGACAAGAAGUAUCCUCUGCGACUGGGUUAUGUAGGUGUCGUGAGCAAGAUUCCUCAGACCACUGCACUCUUCUCCCGAGGCUCUGGAAACAUCACCAAUGCCAUUCUCAAGAACGAGAAGGCCUUUUUUCAGCACAUCCAGCCGAGUUUGACUAUGGCGUCUAGCUUGGCGGGAACCAGAGACGCAAUCAGCCAAGAGCUUGAAGAAGCCACUUACGAGUUCAAGGUGCAAUAUAACGACCGGCCCUUGAGCGCGGAGUCCUAUCUGGCAGAGAGUCUGGAUAGCUUCAAACAUUCCUUCAAGGCAUUCGCGGAAAGUUUUGGUCGGCCGCAGGUCAGGGAGAUGCUCAAGGCUGAGCUGGACCAGCGAGUCAUGGAUAUCCUGGCUCAACGGUAUUGGAAUAAGCCGGUAGAGGACUUGACUGUGCCGAUGCAGGAACUGGAUCCCCUUAAGGAUCUUCCGAAAGCCGACCCCGAAAAUCUUUUUUGGCAUCGGAAACUUGAUGCCUCUACUUCCUCUUUGACGAAGCUGGGCAUCGGCAGGUUGGCCACAACGGUGGUCGCCAAUGCUCUCCAGAACCAUGUGGAUCAGCUUCUAGCUAAUUCCACUUUUGCGUCUCACCCGGCCGCGCAUAAACAAAUCACCGACGCGUGCACCGGAAUCCUGAACGAUCGAUUCUUCAGCACUAGUGACCAAGUCGAGAACUGUAUCAAGCCUUUCAAAUUCGAGAUCGAGGUUGAAGACCCGGAAUGGACCAAAAGCAGGGAGAACGUGACCAAGGUGUUGAAGGAGGAACUCCGAGCUUGCGAGUCGAGCAUCAAGCAUGUCGAAGACUUUGUCGGGAAACGGAAACUCAAAGAUGUGAUGUCGUUCAUUGACAAGGUCCGGAAAGGCGACGUGGUACUGGAAGGUAACGGUGCUGGUGGUGCUGGUGGUUUCAGUUCCGCCUUGUUGGAGAGAGGCCGAGAGGGUGUCUUCCUCCGUGACCGAGCCGACCUCAUCAAGAUGAGGCUUCUUGCUGUCCGAUCCAAACAAUGCGCCACGCAAAAGAACAAGUACUACUGCCCCGAGGUCUUCCUCGACGUAGUAGCCGACAAACUCACUGCGACGGCGGUCCUCUUCCUGAACGUCGAGCUCCUCUCUGAGUUUUACUACAACUUCCCCCGCGAGCUGGACAUGCGACUUGGCCGCCAUCUCUCCGAUGCGGAAAUCGAGCGCUUUGCUCGCGAAGACCCUCGCAUCCGCCGCCAUCUCGACAUCAUCCGCAAGAAGGAGCUGCUGGAGCUGGCCUUGCAGAAGAUCGAAGGGAUCCGGCAGCUGGAUGGCCGGGCUAUGCACCGGACAUCUGAACAUCCUACAACAGCCAAGGAGACGCGGAGCCGCUGGAACUUGUUCUAG